UCCAAAAUUCAUUGUAAAAAAUAUUUCAGACACCUUUCUCAAAGUGUGCGAGAUCAGUCGACAUUCUACAGUCAACAUUCGUAACUGAAUAAAGGGGGAACCUGUCACGGCAAAUCCUAACAUUUCAUGUUCUCUUUAAAGAGGGAAAGGGAAUAAUUGUUUUCUAUGUACCUUUCGGGACCGGGCCGUCGGUUCUUUACUUUGAUGUCCGCAGUUAAACCUUAGCACAGUUCGUAUUGGAAUAGCCUAAAGGAGAUCUACCGCUUGCUUUGACUGCCUCAAACACAACUUGGGAAGAAAAGGGACAAUAAGGCUUUUUUCGGGAAGAAGUCACGUUUGAAUUCCCCUUUUUGCAGCGAAUUCAUUGCCGAACGGAGCGUAAGAGAAGCAUCGCCAAGUGGAAACUGUGGAUUACUUUUUAUUUCAUUCUUCUGUGAUUAGAAUAGCAGGGCUUUUAGGGGAACAAACUCAUGGAUCGAUGAGAGAAGCCGGGCUGAGAAGCUCUCCCGCUGACUUAAGAGGGUGAGGAGAUUACAGCCGAGCUCAGAGGAGCUGGAACACGCACUCGGUAGCGGAAAGCUGAAGUCAUGAGCAGGGCGCUCGCCGACCCCAUCGCCAGCAGCUUCAGAGAAGACGCGCCUCGUCCUCCGGUCCCGGGGGAAGAGCGAGACGAGCCAUGCCGCAACCCCGGAAAACUGGCCAUGAUGAGACCCCAGCCUAAGGCGAAAUCCGUUGUUGUCGCUUCCCCGCACUCCCCGGCGAGGAGAAACGAAGAUGGACUCGGGGAACCCGAAGGGAGUGCCUCCCCGGACUCGCCGCUCGCUCGCUGGACCAAGUCGUUGCAUUCUCUUCUGGGGGACCAAGACGGCGCUCACCUUUUCAGGAUAUUUUUAGAGCGUGAGGGAUGCGUAGACACUUUGGACUUCUGGUUCGCCUGCAAUGGGUUCAGGCAGAUGGACCUCAAGGAUACCAAAACGCUACGAGUUGCCAAAGCUAUUUACAAGCGGUACAUCGAAAACAACAGCGUUGUUGCCAAACAACUGAAGCCCGCGACUAAAACCUACAUAAGGGAUAAUAUCAAGAAGCAACAGAUAGACUCCGCGAUGUUUGACCAGGCUCAGACCGAGAUCCAGUCAACGAUGGAGGAAAAUGCUUACCAGAUGUUCUUAACCUCUGAUAUAUACCUCGAAUACGUUCGCACCGGAUGCGAGAGCCCGGCUCACGUCAGUGCUGACGGGCUCGGGACUCUCAAGCUGAUGUGCGGGUACUUGCCCACCUUGAACGAGGAAGAGGAGUGGAGUUGCAGUGACUUUAAAUCCAAAGCUUUGGCCGCUUCGAUGGUCGGACUAUCCGCCAAAGCACUACGGGCGACGGCGUCCUUGAGGGCUGUGGAGAUGCUGGACAGUGGGUACAGAUUUUGCGGGCGCGGCGACCCAGCUGACCCCUACCAUGCCAGCCCGGGGUACACCUUCGCCCCCGCGUCCAGCGCCAACGACAGCGAGAUCUCCAGCGACGCCAUGACGGACGACUCCAUGUCCCUGACCGACAGCAGCGUAGAUGGGAUCCCUCCUUACAAGCUGGGCACCAAGAAGCACCAACAAAGAGAGAUGCAACGGAGUAUGAAGAGGAAUGGCCAGGUCCCUCUACCUCACUUUCCUAGGACCCGGCGCCUGCCCAAGGAGAUGACCCCCAUGGAGCCCGCCGCCUUCGCAGCCCAGCUGAUCGCCCGUCUGGAGAGUUUGAAGAGGAAGCAGGACACCAGGAGCUCAUUGGAGGAGAUCCAGGAGGAAGAAGAGAGGGAUGAGAGUGAGGUGCCAGGCAGCGCCCCCCAUCACCCCCCUCCCACGCUGGCCCUGCUGUCCCCGGGGGGCUGUGAAGAGGACCCGCAGGCCAUCCUGGACGAGCACCUGUCCCGAGUCCUGAAGACGCCCGGCUGCCAGUCCCCGGGCGUGGCCCGCCACUCGCCCCGCUCUUGCUCGCCGGACCCGCGUCCCCCGCAGCGGGCAGGCGGGGGCGGGGUCCCCAGGCCGCCACCGCCGGCCGCCUGCCCCCAGGGCUUCUGCAGGCCGGCCGCCAAGCACAUCCACCACCACUACAUCCACCACCACGCCGGGCCCAAGAGCCGGGAGCAGAUCGAGGCCGAGGCGGCCGAGCGCGCCGCCGACUACUGCAGCCAGCCCAAGUGCCGCUGCCAUGGCAAUGAGCCGCGCAGCGACCUAGGGCGUUCCUGCACGUGGUCCAAGCGUGUUUGCAAGGCUGGGGAGGGUGCGGCCCAGCCGAGCGCCGACGGGGUCAGGACGGGCACCGCCCUGCCGCAGCUGCCCGCCGACGGCGCCGACCGCUCCCAGAGCGUGUGGCAGUGGAUCCUGGAGAACGACAGACAGGGCAAACAGAAGAUGCACAGCUCUCAAGGGGCCAAAAAAGGCUGUACGGCAGACACCUGCCGGACACCUCCAGGGCGGAUGUACCCCUGGGGAGGGGGCGGCGUCGGGGGCCACGCCCGCGCGCAUCAGCCGGCCCAUCCCUUCAUCCAGGACACGGCCAUGCCCCCACUACCGCCCCCCAACACGCUGGCCCAGCUGGAAGAGGCCUGCCGGCGCCUGGAGGAGGUGUCCAAGCCCCCCAAACCGAGGCACUCGGUGUCUGGCCUUCAGCGAGAGAAGAUGCACCUCACACCCCUGCAAAAUGGAGGGAGCCCUGCGUCUCUAACAGAAGAGUUUAAAGAGCUGAAGCGGCCGGCGGGUUGCCAGAGUGGGGCAAGCGCGGAGCUGGUGGUCACGUACUUCUUCUGUGGCGAGGAGAUCCCCUACCGGAGGAUGAUGAAGGCGCACAGCCUCACGCUCGGACACUUCAAGGAGCAGCUCCAGAGGAAGGGAAGUUACAGGUACUACUUCAAGAAGGCGAGCGACGAAUUUGAGUGUGGGGCGGUGUUCGAGGAGGUGUGGGACGACCGCGCCGUGCUGCCCAUGUAUGAAGGCAGGAUCCUGGGCAAGGUGGAGAGGAUGGAGUGAAGCCCGGCCGCCGGCCCGAAACACGCCAACGAGGCAGGGGGGGAAACCAGCUGCGAAGAGCCCAGGAGAGGUCCAGCCUAUCCCGGAGAGCACAGGCACAAAACGCUGUCGAUGGAAUGCAAGACCAUGCAGUAAAGGUGCGCUGGUGAGGACGAAGGGAACCCAUCGGGCCCGUUAAAACCCAGCCGGCCUAACAGGCACCGCCCAGCGGCAUCCAGAAUGGAGAGAGAACAGAACUGUGUUGAAGGACACUAAUGACCACUGCAUUAGAGAGACUGCCAUGCACGAACCUGAGUAGUCCUGGUGAUUUCCGCUAGACUGCCACUGAACUUGAGCAGCCAUGUGUGUUAAAUAUCCAUACACGUGCAGAUAUAAACAAAUAUAAGUGCAUAUUUGUAUGAAUUGCAAUGAAUGUUGUAUAAUGUUGCUUAGGUUUAUAAUGAUAUUUAUUACCCCC